UGCAAGCGUUGCUAGAGCGUAUUAGUUUCGUAUAAGCGUGGAAACCAUCUGUCAGAUAUGUUUCUGCCAAAUGUUAUUGUUGUUGCAAAAACAAAACAUUGCCGUUUACCGAGAUAGGUGCUUUGCAUUCUCGUGCCUGCACGGAUCGAAGUAGUUUUUGCGUGUUUAUCGAUUUUGAGAGUGGUUGCUAUAAAAGGGGGAAAAAAAAGUUCGCAGUGCGACGUGCAAAAUGAAGUUUCGUGAUACUAGUUGAAGUUGAGUGAGCACAAAUUGUGUUUAAUACUUACUUCCUAAUGAAUUGAGAAGAAUAUAAUUUUAUUUGACGCAGCUGAACAAAAAAUAAGUUGCAAUCAUGUCUGAGUACAUUGAAAUCCCUUUGAGGGACACAAAUGAGGUCAUAGAAUUAUCUGUGGACCAAUUACCAGAUGGAGAAGAAGUGCUGGGUAUACUGCGACAAGAAAAUGCCCAACUACAUAUUUGGGUUAAUUUAGCCCUUGAGUAUUACAAGCAACGAAAAAUUGAUGAUUUCAUUAAAAUUUUGGAGGCAUCUAGAAUUGAUGCAAACGUCUACUAUGAAGACUAUGAAAAAGAUCAAAUGCGAGCAUUGGAUAUGCUGGCAGCUUUUUAUGUACAAGAAGGAAAUAAGGAGAAAAAUAAAAAUAAGAAAAAAGAUCUAUUCACAAAAGCUACUCUCCUUUAUACAACAGCAGAUAAAAUUAUUAUGUAUGACCAGAAUCAUUUACUUGGGCGAGCUUAUUUCUGCCUUCUUGAAGGAGACAAAAUGGAACAAGCCGAUGCUCAAUUCAAUUUUGUUCUCAAUCAAUCACCAAAUAAUAUUCCAUCGCUUUUGGGUAAAGCCUGUAUAGCUUUUAACAAAAAAGAUUAUCGAGGAGCUCUUACAUUUUACAGGAAAGCUCUGAGAACUAAUCCAAAUUGUCCAGCAUCUGUUAGAGUUGGUAUGGGUCAUUGUUUUAUGAAACUAAAUAAUCAUGAAAAAGCAAGAGCAGCAUAUGAAAGAGCAAGACAAUUGGAUCCUAGAUCAGUUGGAGCAUUAGUGGGCCUUGCCAUACUUGAUUUGAAUGAACAACAUCCUGACAGUAUUGAAGACAGUAUAAGGUCUGGUGUUACUAAGUUAUCAGAAGCAUACACAAUUGAUUCAACGAAUCCCAUGGUUCUGAAUCAUUUAGCCAAUCAUUUCUUCUUCAAAAAAGAUUAUAACAAAGUUCAUCAAUUAGCUUUACAUGCUUUUCAUAACACUGAAAAUGAAUCUAUGAGAGCAGAAAGUUGUUACCAAUUAGCAAGAUCAUUCCAUGUCCAGGGUGAUUAUGAUCAAGCUUUUCAAUAUUAUUACCAAGCAACUCAGUUUGCUUCACCUUCUUUUGUUCUUCCUCAUUAUGGAUUGGGUCAAAUGUAUAUUUACAGAGGAGAUAAUGAAAAUGCAGCCCAAUGUUUUGAAAAAGUAUUAAAAGCCCAUCCAGACAAUUAUGAAACAAUGAAGAUUUUAGGAUCAUUAUAUGCAAUUUCCCCGUCGCAAUCCAAACGCGACAUAGCCAAAAGUCAUCUAAAAAAAGUCACCGAUCAUUAUCCAGAUGACGUCGAAGCUUGGAUUGAAUUGGCUCAAAUAUUAGAACAGAGUGAUUUGAAAGCUUCUUUGAAUGCCUAUGAAACUGUUAUUAAAAUUCUCAAUGAGAAAGUGGAGGCGGAUAUUCCACCAGAAAUUUUAAAUAAUGUCGGCUCCUUGCUUUACAGAUUGGGUAAUCUCGAUGAAUCUCGAAACAAAUUGAUUGAAUCCCUUGAGCGCUCACGAGCUUACGCUCAACAAGAUCCAGGAUAUUACAAUUCAAUCGCUGUAACGACCACUUACAAUUUGGCUCGAGUUUACGAAGCUCAAUGUAUUUAUGACAAAGCAGAAAAGCUGUAUAAAGACGUGUUGAAGGAACAUCCAAAUUACAUCGAUUGCUAUCUGAGAUUAGGAUGUAUGGCUCGAGACAAGGGUCAAAUUUACGAAGCUUCGGAUUGGUUCAAAGACGCAUUGAGAACCGACAACGACCAUCCCGAUGCCUGGUCACUGCUCGGCAAUCUUCACUUGGCUAAACAAGAAUGGGGACCCGCUCAGAAGAAAUUCGAAAGAAUUCUCAAGAAUCCAGCUUCGGUGAACGACGCCUACUCGCUCAUCGCCCUUGGUAACAUAUGGCUGCAAACUCUGCAUCAAAGCGGAAAAGACAAAGAGAGAGAAAAACGUCAUCAGGAUCGAGCAUUAGCCAUGUACAAACAAGUGCUAAGAAGCGAUCCGAAAAAUAUAUGGGCUGCCAAUGGCGUGGGUUGCGUCUUGGCUCACAAAGGAUACGUCAAUGAAUCGAGAGAUAUUUUCGCUCAAGUCCGCGAGGCCACGGCCGAAUUUCCCGAUGUGUGGUUGAAUAUUGCUCACAUUUACGUUGAACAAAAGCAAUACGUUAGUGCAAUACAAAUGUAUGAAAACUGUUUGCGAAAAUUCCAUAAAUUUCAUCACGUGGAAAUUCUCAUUUAUUUAGCAAGAGCUUAUUUGAAAGCUGGAAAGCUGAAAGAAUCAAAAUUAACUCUACUGAAGGCACGACGCGUCGCGCCUCAAGAUCUGGUGCUUCUGUACAACAUCGCGUACGUCUUGCAGCUGCUGGCCACGCAAAUUCUCAAAGACGAGAAAACCAAGUUGACGACGGUACUGCAGGCGGUGCACGAGCUCGGCCUGUCGCACAAGUAUUUCCAGUACCUGCAGACCAACGGAGACCGCAUGAAGAUGAUGGCCGAGGCCGAGGCGAGAUCCUGUCAAGAUCUGCUGUCCCAGGCUCAGUAUCACGUCGCCAGGGCACGCCGACUCGACGAGGAGGAGAAGAUGCUGCGCAAGAAGCAGGAGGAGGAGAGGCUCGCUCUGAAGCAGCGCCAGACCGAGGAGCAGAAGAAGCUGGAAGAGAUUCAGCGUCAGAAGGAGGAAGAGAUGCUGCAGAAGAGGCAGGAGUACGUGGAGAAAACCAAGAACGCUCUCAUCUUCAACGAGAUGCCCAGCGAAAAGCCGACCAAGAAGGGCAAAAAGAGUCAAACGGAGGAGUACAUCAGCGGAAGCGAUGACUCCGGUAACGAGGGCGGCGCAGAGGGUGGAGAGGAUAGACCCAAGAAGGCGAAGAAGCGCGUCGACGCUAAAGAGCGAAAGUCUCGAGUCAAGAACAAGCGAGGACACGACGACGGUUCGGGAAGCGACGUGCCCCAAUCGAAACGCGGAAGGAAGAGCGGAGGAGGUGGAGGAGGUGGAGGAGGCGGCAAGAAAGAGAAAAAGGAAAAGGUCAAGAAAGGUCCGAAAGAAAUUUCGGUACCGAAAUCUCGAAUCAUUUCAAAGGAAACGAUUUCAACCUCCGAAUCCGAAAGCGAUAACGAGCGCUCGAAAAUCAGGAGCGGGGACGAGAGCGACGGCGGUGGCAAGGGCGGCGCCAAGCGUCGCAUCGACUCCGACUCGGAGGGUUCGAGGGUCUCGCGCUCGAGGUCGCGCUCAGGAUCCAGAUCGAGAUCGGUAUCUCGCUCGAGGUCUCGUUCCAGAUCCGGUUCGAGGUCGGGCUCGGGUUCUCGCUCGAGGUCAAGAUCGAAAUCGAGAUCGCGAUCGAAAUCAGGAUCGAGAUCGAGGUCGGGAUCGCGAUCGAGGUCAGGCUCAAGAAGUCGCUCGGGCUCUCGUGCACGGUCUAGAUCCGGUUCGAGAUUGAAGUCGGGCUCUCGUUCGAGAUCGAAUUCAAGGGCAAGAUCGAGGUCGAGAAGUGGAUCGAGAUCGAAAUCCGGCUCGCGCUCGCGUUCCAACAGCGGUUCGCGGCGCAGCCGAUCGGGCUCCAAGCGGAGCGGCUCGAGAUCUCGCUCGAGAAGCGUGGGUUCCAGGAAAAGCGGCUCCAGAUCGAAAUCGAGAUCGAGAUCCAAGUCGGCGUCCAGAUCAAAAUCCAGAAGCGUUUCGCCCACUCAUUGAUUCGACGUUGAGGGAAAUUCGCAAUCUAAUAUUACCUUGUAUUGAUAUUUUUAUGAUUGUAAUUUAUUGAACGAUUGAAUUUUAUAUUCAUGA